CAGCCUCCCGUAGGCGAGGGAACAUCCUGAGAAGAUGCAAGAGCUCUCUUGAACCACUCGCUCAUAUCAUAUCCUGGAUAAAUCACGUCACGAAGGAAACAUGUCUCAACACCGCAACAUAACGCAGAACAGUCCAUCGCCGCCUCUGGGAACCGAGCUCGAGACACUCGCGCAAGAAGGCCAGCCGCAAAAGGACCGCAGCGAGCCAGCAACCGCCUCUCCAAGUCUAGUUCAGCUUUACACCACCGUACUCGAGAACCAAUUUAAGCUGCGGAGAUAUCAGCUGGUGGUCGAUGCGAUGACAAUGGAACUCGAGGCCAAACAGGACAUCAGCAAAAUCCUGGUCUCGCUGAAUGCACUGAUGGGAGAGUCCGUCGCUGCACGUCAGCAUGACACUGCCAUCCUGGCUAAGCUCAACAAUCAGUCUGAUGAGUUGCUGAAGAGAGUACAAGAGACGCCCGCGCAGCAUCGCAAACGUGUUCCCUUGCUGCGUGCGUGCAAGGCUCAGAAACUCAAGAUGGUAUACAUGUUCGACAAAGUCACACGGGCUGACGCCCUUCGAGAGCAGCGUAUCAACGCCUUGAAAGAAGACGAUGCCGCCUGCUCACAACAUACCAAAGACCUGCACAGAUUGCGGUUACUCAUACAGGAAGCGGUAUCUCUUGGGAAGCUCAAUGCGCUUGAGGAGGAGCUCCGCGAGCUGGACCAGGCAUUCCAUUCGUAGCUUCUUCCGACUCCAUGACUCAUGUGGACGGUAUAUAUGCGUAUCUGCACUCGUGAAGAUCUUUGCUUGGCAUUGCCGUCUCUCUCGCUUGAAUUCAACGCAUCGGAUGCUUCUUUAUAUACUACUUCGCUACUGUAUUCUAGUAUGCGGACCUUCCUCUAUGGGUUUACGGA